CAAACAUAUAUUCUUCUCUUCUUCUUUAAUCCUUUAAUUUGGUUUCUAAUUGCUCAUCGUUCCAAUGAUCAUCUGUGGAAAGAAUGGUAAACCUAUUAGCCGCAAGUUGGUUGUAUGCGGCGAUGGUGCAUGCGGGAAGACAUCAUUACUCAAUGUAUUCACUCGAGGAUUCUUUCCACAGGUGUAUGAGCCGACGGUGUUUGAAAAUUAUGUUCAGGACGUUGUAGUGGAUGGUCAGGAAGUAGAGUUGUCUUUGUGGGAUACAGCAGGUCAAGAGGAAUUUGACAGGCUACGAUCAUUAUCUUAUGUUGAUACCCACGUAUUGAUGCUUUGCUUUUCGGUCGACAACAGAGACUCUCUUGAAAAUAUUCACACUCGUUGGCUUGAAGAAGUUACAGAACACUGUCCCCAUUCAAAAAUUGUUUUGGUAGCACUAAAAUGUGAUUUACGAGACGAUUCAGCAAACCCUAGACGAGAAAGUCCAAUUCUUUAUGAUGAAGGUCUGGAGGUUGCACGGAGUAUUAAUGCAGUACGGUACCUAGAGUGCUCGGCCAAGCAUAAUAGGGGGGUUCGAGAAUGUUUUGAGCAAGCAGCCCGGGUGGCUAUCUCAGUCAAGAAACAUCAUCAAAAGGAUUCAGAGUCAAAGUCAUGUAUCAUUCUCUAAGUUUCCUUGUAUUGCAUUUAUCAAUCUCUUUUUAUUUUUAUAUUUCUUUAAAAAAAUGAUCUUUUUGUCUUGUCUAUUCACUUAUUAUUAUUACUAUUACUACUAUUCUUAUUAUUACUAUUAUUCUUAUAAUUACUAUUAUAACUAUUAUCACCAUUUUUCUUAUAUUCAUUUCUACAAUUUUGUUUCAAUAGCCCACCUAUCUAUCAAUUUACUCAAUUACACAAUUACACAAUUACAUACAUACAU